AUGCAAUCGUUUCAAUUAACUUUAGUUGUUGUUUCGGCAGUAUUAUUCGCGGUGUGCUUCGAGUGUCAGUCGUUGAGAUGUCGCACAGAUGAUGGACCGGUUGGAGAAGAUAUUAAAAAAAUUGUGCGAAUUUGCAUGCAUAAAGUCGGCAAAAAUGAAACAGAGAAUGAUUAUAGUGAGGAAGAUAGUUUAGACUCAGAAGAGAAAAACGGUGAAGUAUCAACGCAUCGAGUGAAUGAUAGGCAAAAUUUCAACAGAUUUAACUAUCAAAAUAACAUGCAAAACAAUAUGCAGAACAUCCCGUAUGGAAAUCCCAAUAAUAAUAACAUGUAUAAGCAAAAUAACUUCGGCAAUAACGACAAUCAACGAUCCUAUAAUAAUCAAUUUCAAAAUCAGAAUCCUGGAUACAGCAACCGUUUCAAUAGUAAUAAAGCAAGCGCAAAUAAUAAUCAAACAGAACAAGAUCGAGCGUGCUUAGUACAUUGUUUCUUCCAUGAAUUAAAAAUGACAAACAGUGAAGAUUUUCCAGAAAAACGAAAGAUGCUUCAAGUUCUUACCAAAGAUAUACGUGAACAAGAAGUAAGAGAAUUUUAUGUUGACUCAAUCCAAGAGUGCUUUCACAUGGUUGAUAAUUUGGACAGUUACAAUCGUCGACAAAACAAAUGCGAUGUAGCUUAUACGAUUGUAACCUGCCUAACGGAACGAGCCAAAACUAAUUGUGAGGAUUUUCACAAUGAUAUGAUUAUAUUCUGAGGGAAUUUUUAGAUAUUAAUUCAUAUUUGUUUUUCUUAAU